ACGAAAGCUUUAUCCAGGAAGUGAACAACGUAGUCACGGAUCACAUCUUGUUUGAGGUUGCAUCGUCGAUGAAGAGGCCAAAUCCCUGCACGCUAAAGAUGGUAGCGCUGCUGACUCCCCUGGGGAGGAUUGAGGUUAGUGGCUGUGAAGCCGGAGUCCACAAUAUCAGCAUCCACUCAGAUGGGACCCUUGAUAAGCGGCCCUCUGGCUGCAUGCUGGUGGAUACCCUGGAGAAUGUGCCCUCAGAGCUGCAGAUCUGCGCAGACUGGCUGCUAUCCUACUUCCAGAAUCCACGGUCUCUACAAAAAGGGCACAUGCCAGCCCUUCACCAUGCCAUCCUGCUGGAAGACACCUUCACCAGCCGAGUGCUCCACACACUUCUGAGAUAUGUGAAGUUUGGGGAGACCAUUUCUUACAAGCGUCUUGCAGAAAUGGCUGGAAACAUCCGGGCGGCCAGGGCAGUAGGCGGAGCCAUGCGGCGCAACCCAAGUACAGAGUACUGCCAGCAUCUAUCAGCCCCGUCACCAUUUAUCACAAAGUGCUUAGGUGCCAUGGUUCCCCUGCUCAUCCCGUGUCAUCGUGUGAUCUCCAGUGCCGGGCAGCCGGGAAAUUACAUGGGCGGAAAGGGCAACCACAUGAAAUGCUGGCUACUGGCUCACGAGAGAGCUGGUGGCUGGGAAAGUCCACCUCCCCAGGGUGGGACGGGGUUCAACUCCAAUGAGAACUGUGAGCACGAGCAAGGAAAGAAGAGCCAGACCAAUCAAAAUGCUGAUUCCUGAGGAGGAUCCAUGGGAACAGAAUCAACUCUGUUUAUUAGUGACACUGUCAAAUUGUCCAAUAUGAUUCGUGUUGAUCCAUUUUGUAUAACCAUACAUGUAGUGCCAGCCAGGCGAAUCACAAUAACAAACCAAUGUGAGAUUAUACUUUAUUUUUAACGUUAAUUAACAUAAACUAUACAAGCAAAGAAUUUGCUGCAAAUCACUUAGACAACAAUAGUGCUUCAGGCUGAGGACCAGGACCUGUUGUUAGCGAUUAAAUACCAAAAUAAUUUACUGA